GGUUUUACCUCCAGCCAUGUGUCAGUGCUUACUUGUCUCUAGGCCUUUGCACAUGUUGAUCUCUUUGCCUGAACUGCUUUUCCUGCCCUGACAGAAGAAUGCCAACUGGCUUCUCAAGAAUCCCUCCUGUGACUCUGUCCUUUCAUUCCUCCCUUGGGCCACCCCCUCCCCAGUCUCUGCCUCUGGCUGCUUUGUGCACUUGCUGGACCUCAGACGUAUCUCUGUGCCCCGCGAAACAGGAAAGAAAGUGAAAGUGAAGUCGCUCAGUCGUGUCCAACCCUUUGGGACCCCGUGGGCUGUAGGCUGCCAAGGCUCCUCCGUCCACAAGAUUUUCCAGGCAGACUCUUUACCAUCUGACCCGCCACCAGCCAUCACGCUGAAUAACCAUGUUCUCAGACACCCACACCUCGGAGUGAGCGACAUAUAGCAGGCACAGCUUUUAUCUUGCAGGGACGCUGAAUGCUGUAAACGGGGAAGAAAACAGUGGUUAGCGCGCCCUCUGCUGCAAGAUGGUAGACUCUGCAACUGCUCCUCAGGCUCACCCCGCUUUGCAGGGGUGGAAGGCAGAAGUCAGAGGCAGAUACUGUUGACCAUCAUUUCCCUAUAAUCCUCUCUGAGAAUCUGAUUUUUCCCAUCAGCCUGCUGCAGGACUGAAAUUCCACCAUUAGAAUGUCAUUCUUAGAAUGAGGGCAUCUUCCUAGGUUAGGAGGCAAGGAACUCACUAUCAACCAAUCACACCCUAGAGGGGCAUUGCCCACUAGAGCCUUUCAUGGCCAGCUCAUGGCCAGUAGGCCUGGAUGGAUCGCAGAGCAUGGGAAGGGGGCAGAGGCACCCAGGGAGCCCAGACCUUCGAGUUGCUAUCACUAUCCCCAUUGUAGGGAGGAGGAAGACUUCAGCACAGAGGCAACUGGAUCAAGACCACACCGCCCCGUAGUAGAGGAGCCAGAAGCCAAGCCGGGAGGUGGCUCACAGGCCAGGCCUGGCCAGGCAGCCAUGACUGAUGAGAAGACCUUCCGCAUCGGCUUCAUCGUGCUGGGGCUCUUCCUGCUGGCCCUUGGCACGUUCCUCAUGAGCCACGACCGGCCCCAAGUCUACGGAACCUUCUACGCCAUGGGAGGCGUCAUGGUGAUCGGGGGCGUCAUCUGGAGCAUGUGCCAAUGCUACCCCAAGAUCACCUUCAUACCUGCUGACUCUGACUUCCAAGGUGUCCUGUCCACGAAGGCGAAGGCGCUGGGCCUGCUGGAGAGCGGGUUUGCUGCCGAGAUGAAGAGCCCCCAGCCCCCCUAUGUCAGGCUGUGGGAGGCAGCCGCCUACGACCAGAGCCUGCCUGACUUCAGCCACAUCCAGAUGAAGGUCAUGAGCUACAGUGAGAACCCUCGCCCCCUCCUGGACCCGGAACCCGGACAGUGGCAGCCAGGAGCCAGCGAUGGAGGAGAAAAUGGCCCUCGUGACCCUCAGGCCUGGUUGGAAGCCGCCGUGGUCAUCCACAGGGGCUCGGACCAGGAUGAGGGAGAAAGAGACCCAAGUCAGGGCAGGCUCAGCCCCCCGACCUGUCCCCAGGGUCCUGCACCCUUGGCUUCCUUCCAAGAUGACCUGGACGUGGGCUCCAGUGAGGGGAGCAGCCCCAAUCUGUCUCUACCUGAGGAAGCGGAACCUCAGCCCCCGCCUCCGGAGUCCUGGACCUGCAGGUGCCAGCUGGACCGCUUCCACGACUUUGCCCUGAUUGAUGCCCCUGCGACGGAGGAUGUGCCUCCAGAGAAGCAGCGGCGGGAGGCAGCCGUGCCUAGCUCCCAGCAGAGGUCCCCAAGGACAAAAGAGGAAGAAGAGGCUUCAGACACAGGCACAGAGGGGCCGGCACAGGAAGAGGAAGACCUGUACUAUGGGCUUCCCGACAGCCCCGGGGAUCCCCUCCCAGACAAGGAACUGGGCUUUGAACCUGAGGCCCAGGGCUGACAUGGAACUGCUCCCGGGGUUUCAAUCUGGCUCCACCACCAAUCUCCGUGUGACCUCAUAGGGCUUCCAUUUCACUAACUGCAAAAUGGGGUUUGAUUUUGCAGACUCUCAGUGGGCCGAGAGCAUUUUGAGAAUCACACAGAGAGGAGAUGAUUACAUUACUGGGCCAUU